GCUCAUCGGUACAAUUCAUUCAUCGCCGUCGUUGCGUGAGGUGCUUACGCUGAGGUGCUCCAUCUCGUUCAAAGUGAUUCCGCAAGUUGACGUGCAGAGAGCAGCAGAAGGCAGAAAUUAAGCAAGAAAAAAAAAGUACACACCACGGUGAGAAAUUCCAUCUCUGGCGUGGGCCUAUUUUCUAGGGUUUUCCCCUGUCACGUACCGUGUCAAUGGUUCCCCUGGUGCACUGUUAGCCACCCAAGUGAAGCUGUUGUGAAAGUGUUGAGGAAGCAAUCGUUAAUCGAGCCGUUUUGUCUGUCAUUUGCGUGCACACAGUUUCGGUGUAAAGCGGCGGAAGUUGCCAAAGGGCGAAGUGCAGGGCGCAGAUAAGGUGCGACAGCUGCGGCGGGUUGUGUAAUUUGUGUGUCUUCGGGUGACCCGAAAACGGGGAACAGCCUCCCCACCCCUCACUAGCUGCCGUGUAGCGACUGGUGUCGAUUUGUUGUGGUUAGUUUUGCAGUGUGCUGCUGCCCCCAAACGUCAUCCGGGACGCAGACGGAUCGCUCGUGGUUUGAGAUUGAGAUUGUUUUGAUCGGACAUCAGGGCAGCCGAUUGGCAUUUGGGUGAAGUGAAGGGGCGGAAAGAAUCAGGAAGAAAAAACACCCUCCAAGACAAGAUGCCCCAGUCCGACGGGGGUUACGUUUCGCUUGGCGGCGGUGGCCCCAACUCGAUCUACAAUUCGACCACCGAGCCGCAGUCCGGCUCGAAAUCGGUGAUGGAAACGGUGAAGCGCGUCAUCGGGACGGCCAUCGGGGCGCAGGACAAGCACGCACUGCUGGAACGCGAUGGGACCGGCGCCCAACCGUACAUAGUUAGUGCCAGUACUAAUUUCAGAGAUCGCGACAAAACCGGCAAAUCAGCGAACGCCAGAAUGCCAUCCGCACCAGCACACACUGCCGAGGAAGCUCGCCUGCUUGGAGCGAUGCCGGUCGACCCGAUGGAUGACAUUGAGCUGCGCUCGGUUCAGCUACAGUAUCCCAACCAGCGGGGCUCUAUAGUUGGGUCGUGCGAUCUGCGCCGCGUGCCGACGGACAAGGGCGACAUCCUGGUGGCGGUGCAGGGCGAUACAACGAAGCCGGCGAUUGUGACGUACCACGAUCUGGGAUUGAACUAUGCAUCGAGUUUUGCCGGGUUCUUCAACUUUCCUACGAUGCGCUCGCUGCUGGAUAACUUCUGCGUGUAUCACGUGAACGCACCCGGCCAGGAGGACGGAGCCCCAACGUUCCCGGAAGACUAUGUCUAUCCGACGUUCGACGAGCUGGCCUCGCAGAUGCUGUUUGUGAUGACACACUUUAACUUGAAGUCCAUCAUCGGUUUCGGUGUCGGAGCGGGAGCAAACAUUCUGGCCCGUUUCGCCCUGGCCAAUCCGGAUAAGGUUGGAGCACUCUGCCUUAUCAACUGCAGUUCAACAGCGGCCGGCUGGAUCGAGUGGGGCUAUCAGCUGCUGAAUACGCGUAAUCUGCGCACCAAGGGCAUGACCCAGGGUGUGCUGGACUAUCUGAUGUGGCAUCAUUUCGGCCGGAAUCCAGAGGAGCGCAAUCUGGAUUUGGUACAGCUGUACAAGAGCAACUUUGAGCGCUCGAUAAAUCCGGUUAACCUGGCCAUGCUGAUUGAUGCUUACAUUAAGCGUACGGAUUUGAACAUUGCCCGAACACCUUCCGGCUCACCACAAACUUCUGCCCCAUCACUGAAGAUGCCCGUGUUAAAUAUUACUGGCGCAUUAUCGCCCCACAUCGAUGAUACAGUAACGUUCAACGGUAGACUAAUCCCGGAGAAGACUAAUUGGAUGAAGAUUUCCGACUGCGGUCUCGUACUGGAGGAGCAACCGGGCAAGCUGGCCGAAGCGUUCCGACUGUUCCUGCAGGGUGAAGGCUACGAGUUCGACAAGCUAAACGGGAACGUGCUGGCGGCGGGCGGCGGCGGCGGUGGUGGCGGCGGCGGCGGUGGCGGUGGUGGCGGUAGCGCAGAUCUGCUGCAAACCAGCAACGGCAACGGCGGCGGUGGCAUCAGCGGCAUCACAGCAACGGCCAACAUUUCCAGCACCGGCAGUGCCUGUAUCGGCGCCAGCGGCGCCAUCUACGAGCGGGCGAAGAACGGUGCGAUCCGGAUAACCGAGAAUCCGCUGCCCGAGAACGUGGCGUGCUAGAAAAGAGACAUAUCGGGUCGGGUGGACCGACCGGCGAUGCGGAUCAUUGCGAACGUGCGGGAAGGCUGGGUAGCAGGGGAGCGGGCCGAUGUUGCCAAGGGACGGGGGGUGGAAGAGGGGGGCGGUGUGGCGGACGGAGAGGCCGAGGAGGAUGAGGUGUGGACGAACCGACGGUAUCGAAUAGAGAAAGUUAUGCUGAAUGCAGUAUUUUCUAUGCAAUUUUAAGCGAGCGUAGGGACGGGCUGGAAAUGGCAGAAAAGAAAGGAAAUUCUAACAAACAAACGAAAAAAAAAGAGAAAACCACAAAACUUAUCAAACGCUUCUACGAGCUUCGGCUUUAUCCAACGAAAAUGAGAGCAAAUUUGUGAGGGAAGGUAGCGACAAAAAAAAAAGUUCUAAAAUUCAUGGAAUGUAAACAGCAAAAGCAAUAACGAUACAAUUGGUGAUUGAUUUCGUUUCCAUUUUCUCCAACACGGCUCUUCUGCGAGAGGAUUAAAAUGACCAACAAGAAUCCAAUAUCAAUUUCUUAUUCGUAAUACGCUCCAAGAGCUGUUCUGUUAUGGGCGCCCUACUUUUUACUUUGUUAGUAGUAGCCGCUAAAGCGAAGCACUGCAAAAUCGAUUGGAAAAGGCAAAGAAAAAAAACACAACUCAAUCGCUAAAACCAGAAAAGAAGCAAACCAAUGGCGCAAAAGAGAUGUACAUUUUGUAGAAAAAAAAAAAAACAAAACAGAAACAGAAGCAUAAACUAUGUAACUAGGUCUAGAGCAGACAGAACAGCAGGCCAACACCAUACUGUGAAACAGGAAAACGCUAAAGAAGAUGCGCUAAGCGCGUCAAAUAAAAGAAACGAAAAAAGGAAAUAAAAACAGAUGUAUAGAAUGUGGAGAAAAACAAUGGAAAUGAUGAAGGAAAUGUGAAAGCUUUUGCAAAAAGUAAAUCGAAAUAAAGCAAAACAAAAAAAACGACCGAAACACGCAAACACCCUAAAAACCAAACCCGAUAUUCAGGCAAAAAUGUAUGGCAGUUGCUGUGAGACGUGAGAUGCAUAUCGUUAAAACGGACUAAGCUAAAAGCCGAAGGAGUAAUCUUAUUAGCAUACACUAGAUAACCGCCGUCUGCCGCACGCGAGAAGACAGCCACUAAUAUAGCUUAAGGAUAAACGAACUAAAUAACUAAAAACAAAGGAGAACAAAUAUCACACACAAACACAAAACAAAACACGGCCCGUUGUGCAGUGAAGCAAGGUCCAUGUGCUUACAAGAAAAAGAAGAAAAAAACAAAACAGCUCGUACAAGGUUUUUCUGUUGCAAUACUGAGAUCGAUUUUGGUUACAAACAAAUAUGGCUUAAUUGAACGUUUGAACCCGAAUCUGUACACGGACCCUUUACACAUCCCCCCCCCCUCGAUACGUUUAUAUGAUUAACGUACUAAAUGUCAACGUCCCUCGAUGCGUUAGAAAAUCCUUUGAUUGAACGAGUGCACUACCUUCCCCACGUGGCCUGGGAAAGUGCUACAAAACGGUAAAAUAUAAACUGCCAUAGUUUACGUCUUACUCCCUCUCACUUUUUUAAUCGCUUUUCACAAAAGACCAAACGAAACGAUCAAAUAUAUUUAAUAAAAUGAAACACAGCCCACAAGCAUACGAGCAAAACGAAACACGCAACGAGACGCCGAGCAACGAGGCUAGAUGGGGGCCCGAUUGUAGCACUACUCACAUGACAGAAGCAAGUGACGGAAUAGUAGCGGACCUACGCCAAUGUGCUACUUGUUGUGGACACUGCACGUGGACGUGGUUGAUUGUUAGUUAGAUAGGCAUGAAAGCUAAUGAUGCAAUAUGAUGAUAUGCAUACUACUAUUUGUGGGAUUCAAAGCAUUAAAAUUGAUCUUUUUACUUUAAUUGAAGUUGUAUAAAUUCCUUACUGUAUUAAGUAUUUUAAGAUAAAAGUAUGAAAUUGAUUACCAUUUUUAUAACCAAUAUGUUGUAACGUCAUCAUAUGUAUGUUAUCUGGCAUAGUUUUCAGUGACUUUUUUACCCACUGUGUUGAACUGUAUUUCCGUUAUCCGUUAAAAAAUCGAUUGAAUGAUUUAAUUAAUUUCAACUUAAUUAUUAAAAUGUUAUUGUAACACUUGUUUGACAACUAUCGUAUAGUUUACAGUUUCAUGCAUAUAGUUGCCGGCCUGGCCCGGUACGCGGUGUAAAACGAAGAAAUCAAAGCAAAUUGUUACUCUAGACGAGGAAACCAGACUAGUGAAGCAUACUAAGGGCAAAUCUUAUUCUGUAGUGAUGUUGACAGUGACUCUAAACUGCUGUAAGUUAUUAUUAAAACAUAUUAAACCGCGCUAGCAAACGCCCCCAAACACACACGCACACACUUGUUGCAAAUUUGGAUGUGAACAGUGAUUUCCAUUAUGGAGUGUGUCGAGACGCGGGCCGGCCAUUGGUGAAAGGAUGUUUCAGAUUUAUGAUAGUUUUUGAUUCAGUUUCUAUUUUCAAAACACUAAGUUACUAGAGAUGUUUUGUUUUGUUUUUAUUUUAGUUUUUUUUUGAAUGUUUCUAUACACAUGUUAAUCAAUUUAAAAUUAAUUUUAAUCGAUUUGAUACAAUUUUAUUUAAAUUUUUUGUUACUUUUCAGUACCUAAUUUCGUUUUAUCAUCAUUUUCACUCAUAUGGCCUAGAUAAGCGGAAACGUAAAAAAAAAACAACCGAAACUACGUAGUCAUAGAAACACUUACUAUCUGUAGAUACUUUUCAUGUACUAGCUUGCCCACUAACUAGGCUCCUUUUCUUCUCUUCAACACACCCCCCUCCCGUUAAACAAAAACUGUGUAUUGAAAGCUUGCAGAAAAGCUUCCGAAACGCAAAGCACGAACAAAAAGUCCGGACUAGAAAAGACAAAAAACCGAAAACAUUCCAAAACCGUGCUAGGAAAGGAACAGAUGGAUCACCUACAAAUUAAAGCUAAAAAGUCAGUUACAGCGUACCGUGUAGCUAAUGUUACUUUGUGGCAAUAUGGCCAACGUCCCCCUUUCAACUGUCGAUAUAAAAAAAAGGAAGAAGCUGGCGGUUACAAACACUUAAACAAACGAAUGCGAUUAAUUAGGCAUGCACGUUCAAACCAUGCUAAUAAAAGCUCCUGGCGAUGCUUAUUCUCGACUUGAUUCUACGCGUUUCGUGUUUGUUGACAUCGAAAUGUCACCAUUUGUGUGUUGUUUUUGUUUAGUUUCGUUUUAGCAGAUGGUUUUAAUUUUGCAAAACAGACAGAGAAGAAUAAACGAAUAAAAUACCAAACAAACCAACUGCAGAACAAUAUUUCGUACAAUACCACACUCCGUAUUAGCACUAUAGCUUUAGCCAGAUGCGACUGAGCGCAAGGAACGAUCUACUAGAGACAUCCGGCUAGAGAGAAAAGCCUUUUGUGAUAAGGAGCAGACACGGUUCUCAGCAAAAAUCCAUCACGGGUGCAUAGCAAAAACAAAAAAAAAGACACUUAAACGCAGCAAACUGAUGCAGAAGCUACUACAGGAUGCAGUUAAGGACAGGAUUGAGGCGACACAACACAACACUAAAUGCAAGCUAAACUGUACAGCUAUGCGCGAACAUUCACGGAAAUACAUAUGCGGGAAGGGUGGCCGAAACAGCAGAGCGAUUCAUUUAUCACUUGAGUGCCUAAUCAUUGAUUAUUGAAAUUGGAUGAACAUGAUAGAAGUCUCUUAACGCGAUGUCGGCGCGCCGCUGGUGAUAGAUUUUUUCGAAAAGCCCUUUUACUUGCAAUUUUCUUGCAAAGCGCACUGCAACUAUGUUCUUCUACCCGUGAGGAUGGCGGUUUGGCUGCCGGAAGAGGAUUUAGCUUACAGCAAACUUAAACACUUUCCGCGUAGCAUUAAUAAACAUUUGGAGGUUUUGGAAUGUGGUGACUCCAUCUUUUGCAUAUUGCCGUUUACUUUAAACCGACUGUUUCCGUUGUCAUGUGUUUGUUUGUGAUAAGCUGGAAAUGAUAAAUAAAAUCGAAUAUAAAAUUAAAACUUUAGAUGAAGGAAGAAAGUAAGCAGGCUAGUAGAAUGCAGCAACGGAACCGAGUUUUGGGGGGGCAACUUAUAUCCAUGAGCUAAUCGCUACUAAUAACUACACUUUUGCUGCUACGCACCGGCUAGCUUACCGAAAGGAUCGAAUCAAAGCAUGCCGGUGGGCGGACCAUAAACCUCCGCCUCCGGCAGAAGGCAAAUGCUUGCAGCAACUCAUCAACCAAUACGAACAAACAAACAAAAAAACAACCCUUGCGCCAUGUUGCCGCCAUAUAGUAGAACAAAAACAAACUAGUAGAACGGUUAAACACACAGCCACACAUUAAUGCAACACAGCAGAGGGCAGAGAUUGUCAAUGGAGUAGCUAAACAUGGCUGCAAACGGAAAGGUAAGCGAUAGCUGGAAUGAGCGGAAAUACGGAUGGUUGCGCAAGCGAACAAGCAAAAGCGUGUUUAAAAUGCCCCGCAAAGAAAAGAAGAAGAAAGCAGUCACAAUAAUGCAAACCAAAAUGAAUACACUAAUGAGCGAAAACAAAAAACCAACAACAAACAAAACGAAAUGAAUGAAUAAAACUAAACCAAAGUUCUUGUAUGGCAAAAGAACUAAUAAAAAGUAAUGAUAAUGA